AAGUUGCAUAUUUAGUUCUAGUCUCGCAUCAGUUCAUAUUUAAUGUGAUUUGCCGUGAUACCUCGCGCCCCCCAGUACAGUGCGGACAGCACGGUGUUUGGUAUUAGAUACGCAUUCGCAGACAAGGAAUAACCAUUUGGAGCCGUCACCUGAUCUGUUGUCCAUCAGUCAGUCUGGCUAAAUGCAGCGAGCGUGUUCAAGUCUCCGCCUUCACCUGGAAACCGGGGAGGUAUCCGUUUACGUGUCGCCUCACCUGGUCUAUUCAACGGCGUUCUUGGUUGUGACGAAUGAUACCAGGUGAGGACUCGCAGACCCGGAGCACCCACACACCUGCUGACGGAGCAAAGAGAGAGGGACCCACAUCCAGGGAGGUUUAGUGGUGGUUGAGUAACAGUUUAUUUAUUUAUUUUUGCACUUUCAGUUGACUGUUUGGACUACCGGAAAUAUCUGCUUGCUUUUCACUAGCAUUCACCGUGCGUGAAUUAGACCGUGUUCCCCUCCGGCAAGUAAGUUGCGAUUUGUUUUCUUUUGGUUGGCCUCAGUUGGUCAAAAGAAAAAAGAGAGAGAGAAAGAGAGUGGGGGAGCAAAUGCAAGGAAAAACGGCGGUGAUUCGGCGUUUUAACAGCCAAUAAAAAGGCCUGUUUUAUUUUGUACUAUUGCACUUUAUAUUGUAUCCUGCACAAGAUGCCUGUCCAAAUCCCGGACGACACGGAUUUCACUUCUUUCAAAGAACAAUGCGAAAACCACGAGGGAUGGCUGGCCCGCUACAACAAGGGAGGCGUGACCGUGUGGUGCAGAGCGGAGGAGUGCAACACGGUGCAGAAACUCAAGAUGCGGAUCACGUGUAAGGACGUGCGGGCGGAUACGGUGUAUGACGUCCUCCAUGACACCAGCUACCGCAAGAAGUGGGACACCAACAUGAUUGACACCUACGAUAUCGGACGACUCACCGUCAAUGCAGACGUUGGCUACUACUCCUGGAAGUGUCCGAGUCCACUGAAGAACCGAGACUUUGUAACCAUGAGAUCCUGGUUACCACUCGGCAACGACUACCUCAUAAUCAACUACUCUGUCAAACACCCCCAACACCCUCCCAAGAAGGACUACGUCAGAGCAGUCUCGCUGCUCACCGGGUACCUGGUCCAGUCCAACGGGCCAAGCAGCUGCACUCUCUACUACCUGACCCAGGUAGACCCCAAAGGAUCCCUGCCCAAGUGGGUGGUCAACAGGGCGUCCCAGUUUGUCGCUCCGAAGGCCAUGAAGAAGAUCUACAAGGCGUCCCUGAAGUACCCCGAGUGGAAGCGGAAGCACAACCCCGGCCUGAAGCCCUGGAUGUAUCCCGAGCAGAACACCCUGCCCUGCGUCAGCGUGGCCGACCUGACGCUGCAGCGCGCAGACUCCCUGGAGAACAUCGACGAGAGCAGCCUCAACGAGGAGAAGGCUCACCACAGCGAGGAAGAGGACUGAGAGGAGGAGGAGGAGGCUCACCACAGCGAGGAAGAGGACUGAGAGGAGGAGGAGGAGGAGGCUCACCACAGCGAGGAAGAGGACUGAGAGGAGGAGGAGGAGGCUCACCACAGCGAGGAAGAGGACUGAGAGGAGGAGGAAGAGGAGGAGGAGGAGGAGGAGGCUCACCACAGCGAGGAAGAGAACUGAGAGGAGGAGGAGGAGGAGGAGGAGGCUCACCACAGCGAGGAGGAGGACUGAGAGGAGGAGGAGGAGGCUCACCACAGCGAGGAAGAGGAGGAGGACUGAGGAGGACUGAGGAGGAGGAGGGAAGCUGCUGUUGUUUUAGUUAGCGAUCGUUCCCCUUGCUUUCGCAAUCUGUUCUGAGUGACAGAUUUUCUGAGAAUGGGAUUUGAGUGUUUGGCCCACUGACUAAGCGUCUGUCUGACUAGUCUUGUGUGACUAGUCUGUCUUGACGGAUGUCUGUCUGUCUGACUGACUUCGAGUCUGUCUGACUGACUUCCAGUCUGUCUUUCUGAUAGUCCAUCAAGAUGACAUGAUUGUGCGUCUGUCCGUCUAUCUCGGUCUAAUCUUUCUGUCUGUCAAUUAAGUUUAUUUUCUUCUCUUUGCAAGUUGAGGAGGGAGGGAGGAAGAGAGAGGGAGAAAUAAACAUGACCUCUGCAUGUAUACAACAUUUUAGACAGAUGUGAAUGCAUGUUGAUUCGGUUCCUCUGAGUGUGAAAUGCUGCUAACAUCCAGGAACAUUCUGUAAUAUUUUGUCUGACCGUUUAACUGAAACUAGUUUUUUCCUAUCAAGCCUCAGCAAGAUUGUUUUUUCCUUCUAUUUGGGUAUGUAAAUAUGAUAUUAUAUAUGAUAUUUAGUUUCCUUAUGCAGUGAGAUAAUUAUAUAAUAAAUAAACUAUCAGUUUCUUAAUCUGCAGUGCCCUCUAGUGGUGAAGUUAUGUAACUCCGUGCAUGAUUGCCUUAGAAGUGGAAUGGGAUGUGCACUAUAACAUAUAGGGGCUUAAAAGCUACCCUUCGCGCUUGUGUGACUGAUUUUCAGGGUGUACUUGGAUUGGUUAAUAGAUUGUGUACUUUGUUUGUAUAUGAUUACAGUAAGCAAAAUACUUGAACUCGCCUACGGGGCAGACUACAGUAUCCAAAACAGACGACAGAAGGCUUCUACAAGAUAGCGUGAAUGACAUGUACAGAGAAUGGUAACACAGCAAAUCUCAGGGGAUGGGGAACAACGGGCAAUCCCGUUGUUGAUGUAAAGACGUUCCCCCGUUUGUCAAUAAACCUAUUUUUCUGUCUCA